AUGCGCAGUAGCAUUAACGUUGCCGAAAUUCGACCAAAUAGUGUCCGUGACGAAGCCUUGAUGAUGUCAUCGUCGAAUCCACCGGUAGAGGUCAAAGUUCGAACACGCCCUGAAAUCCCACCAAAACCACAGUUUGAUGCGAUCCGAUAUAGUAUGGCAAAUGUUCAAGAUAGCGGCGAUUUUGAACUGGACAAUUUGUUAAACGAACUCUCAGCAUUGCAACAUCAGCUUGACUCAUCGGCAUCUGAUCAACUUCUGUUGGGAUUACCGACAUUACCUGUGCAGGAAGCUAAGCCGGCAGAUUCACAUAUCACCAGGGCAGCAGAUGUAUAUGUUUCACAUCCAACACCAAAUACAUCAUACGAAGCUAACAAAGGUCUCAGCGAUGACUGUAUACGUCCGGUAGCGUCUUCGUCAAUAUGUCCAAGUCCUGACUAUGAUUCUGCAUUUGGCGAUUCAUCCAGUACCGAAUCUCGUAAUCGAUGUCGUAAUUCCGCAAUUUCCAGUUCCGAUAGUUGUCGAGAUUCACUGAACACUCCAAGUCCCACUCAACAGGCUUCUCCAAACCAGUCAUAUAACGGUACAGCAACGCAGUUGAACAAUAAUCAGCCAAAGACUGUAAACGAAAUUAAAGCUGCAAAAAUACGUGAAGCAUUAGAAAAAAUGCGUGAAGCAAAUAUUAAAAAGGUUUAUGUGAAAUUUUUCCUUGAUGAUGGUUCAUCGUCAAUGUCAAUGUUAGUGGAUGAACGAUGGACGGUUAUUGAUGUGAUUAAACGGAUUGCUGAAAAACAGCGUAUACCGCUGACACAAAAUCACAGUAUUGUCGAAGAAUAUCCUGACUUACUAAUCAGGAGGAUUUAUGAGGAUCAUGAGUCUUUGGUGGAAAACAUCCUAAUGUGGAUGCAGAACUCGAGGAACCGUUUGUAUUUUACGCGUCGACCAGACAAAUAUGCGUUUAUCGAUCGUCCAGAAGAAUUUUUACUUACCGAAAAAAAUAUUGACUCAUUUACGGCUGCUGAAGCAGCAUUGCCGGAAACAAAAAAAAGGAUUGUGAAGGAGUUCUUUGAAUGUGACAAUGUUCAGCCACCAGAAAUUGAAGGUUGGCUGCUGCUGAAGGCUGACGGUAAGAAAGCUUGGAAAAGACACUUCUUUGUUCUGAGGUCUUCCGGACUUUAUUACUGUCCGAAAGGAAAAAGUCGAAGUUCUAAAGAUUUACAAUGCUUGAUGAACAUGCAAACAAAUCAAGCGUAUACCUGUACGGAUUGGAAGAAGAAAUAUAAAGCUCCAACAAAUUUGGGUUUUGCUAUCAAGCAUCCAAAAAUUCAAGUCAAAGAUUCAAAGUACAUUAAAUAUGUAUGCGCCGAAGAUGCAAUGUCCUAUCAUAAGUGGAUGGCCGCUCUGAGGAUAGCGAAGAAUGGCAGAAAACUGUACGACAAUUAUGAGGAAAUACAUCAGUAUUUAUGUUCUACGGCAAGUCAUCCUGUCAAGGUGGAUAUUCCUGUGAUUGCUUCAAAUCCUCAUUCCGCUACUGGAAUGGAAGUGGUAAAGAAUAGUCAGCAGGAACCAAUCUCAUUGUUAAACAUCAACCGAGAUCUCAAGAGUCCUGGGUCUAGGAUAUCAUCAACAUCUGCUGCAUCAAGCGAUCGGCUUCUGUCUACCCAAAAUAGCAUUAUGUUUGAUCAGUGUGAUGAUAUCAUGACCGGUACUAUUAAGAAAGCUCCAUGUGAUUUAAUAUCUCAGCGUAGGCGACAAUCGUCACAAGGAGAGCCUCAUACUCCUAUGAGUACUAACUCAUCAUCGAUGAGAAGUACAGCAGAAUUUGAUAGCGAUAGUGACGAAGAACAAUUUCCCCCACCGCCUCCAAGUGCAUGUGUGGAAAACUCAUUUGUUUCAUCACCUAACGGCUUAAGCGAAAGACCGUUCAGCACUAAUUCGUUUUCUGCAUUAUCAAGCCCUUUAUCUUCCUCUAAUUAUGCUCUUAUUCCUCAGUAUGGUGGUACCACAAAAAAGAUGCCUCCACCACCGCCACCGAAACGCUCAGAAAGCACUCGUUUGCGUUCUUCAUCAACAGCAUGGAACAUGUAA